CACACACUGGGACGAGGCAGGUUGAGCUCGGUCCGCGCCGUGGAUUUAUUCGUCGUGUUGAAGUCGGUACCGGUACCAGCAGGUACAGGCGGCACCUCUCAGGACUCGACAGCACUUCCGGUACCGGCUGCUCUCGCGCCGCCUUCAUGAGACUCCUUGGCUUCCUUUUUGUCCAUCCUGUCGCCUUGCAGUCAUGACUUGCUGACACGCAUCAUCCACCCGUGGACAGCUCCUCUUUCCUCUUCUCUCCUUCCCUCCACCGCUUCCCGCCAUGUUCUCCUCUCCUCUCCACCUCCUGCUCUCCUCAGUCUCGCUCCUCCUGCUCCCCUCCCCCCUCCGCUCUGCUCCGGCGGCGCCUCCUCCCCCCCUGGUGGCGGCGGGUGGCAGGGUUGCGUACCAGGUGUUUGACGCCUCCCUCACCCACCUGACCGUCCACAAGAGGACGGGCGAGGUCUUUGUCGGAGCCGUCAACCGCGUGCUCAAACUGUCGGCCAACCUGACCGAGAUGAGGAGUCACAUGACCGGACCGGUGGAGGACAACGCCAAGUGUUACCCCCCACCCAGCGUCAGGGCCUGCGCUCACCGCCUGGAGUCGCUGGACAACGUGAACAAGCUCCUUCUGGUGGACUACACCGGCAACCGACUGGUGGCGUGCGGCUCCAUCUGGCAGGGCGUCUGCCAGUUCCUCCGACUGGAGGACCUCUUCAAACUGGGGGAACCUCACCACCGCAAGGAGCACUACCUGUCUGGCGCCAGAGAGGCUGACGGGAUGGCAGGCGUGGUCGUUGGCGAGGACGACUGGACGAGCGACCCCAAGAGGAAGAAGGUGGCGAGGGGCGGCAGCCGCCUCUUCAUCGGCGCCGCCAUCGACGGAAAGUCCGAGUACUUCCCCACGCUGUCCAGUAGGAAGCUGGUGGCCGACGAGGAGAGCGUCAACAUGUUCUCGCUGGUCUACCAGGACGAGUUUGUGUCCUCGCAGAUCAAGAUCCCGUCCGACACGCUGUCCCUCUACCCGGCCUUCGACAUCUACUACGUCUACGGCUUCUCCAGCCGCACCUACGUCUACUUCCUGACGCUGCAGCUGGACACGCAGCUGACGCAGAUGGACGCUGGCGGGGAGAAGUUCUUCACCUCCAAGAUCGUGAGGAUGUGCUCCGACGACACCGAGUUCUACUCCUACGUGGAGUUCCCUCUGGGGUGCACCAAGGACGGCGUGGAAUACCGACUGGUCCAGGCCGCCUACAAGCAGAAACCCGGACGACGUCUGGCUCAGGCGCUCGGCCUGUCAGAGGAGGACGACGUCUUGUUCGUCAUCUUCUCCCAGGGUCAGAAGAACCGCUCCAACCCGCCCAGAGAGACGCUGCUGUGCCUGUUCACGCUGCACGACAUCAACCUGGCCAUGAGGGAGAGGAUACGCUCCUGCUACCGCGGCGAGGGGCGGCUCUCGUUGCCGUGGUUACUCAACAAGGAGCUGCCCUGCAUCCACACGCCCAAGCAGAUCGGAGACGACUUCUGCGGCCUGGUGUUGAAUCAGCCGCUGGGCGGUCUGCGAGUCAUCGAGGGCAGCCCGCUGUUUGAGGACCGCACUGAGGGCAUGGGCGCGGUGGCGGCGUACACGUACGGCGAGCACACGGUGGUUUUCGUGGGGACACGCAGCGGUCAACUGAAGAAGAUCCGCGUGGACGGAGUCCCGCCCCCGUCCCAGCAUGCUUUACUGUAUGAGACGGUGACCGUGGUGGAAGGCAAGUCCAUCCUGAGAGACAUGAUGUUCAGUCCGGACCAGCUGUACAUCUACCUGCUCAGCGACAGACAGGUGAGCAGACUUCCUGUGGAGACGUGUGAGCAGUAUCAGUCUUGUUCCGACUGUCUGUCCUCCGGAGACCCUCACUGUGGAUGGUGUGUCCUCCACAAUAAAUGUUCCAGGCAGGAAGGAUGCGAGAAGUGGGCGGAGCCUCAGCACUUCAACACUCAGCUGGAGCAGUGUGUCAAAAUUUCGGUUACCCCGAGCAACAUGUCUGUCACCGCCCCCGCCACGCAGCUGACCAUACUCGUGCACAACGUGCCCAUGCUGACGGGGGGCGUGUCCUGCGUCUUCGAGGACAUCAGCGAAACCCCGGCAGAGGUGGUGGCCCAAGGUCAGGUGACAUGCACUUCCCCGACGCUGAGAGACCUGCCGGCACAUUCCUACGGAGAGAAACGAGACGUCCAACUCAGCCUUCGAUCCAGCGAGACGGGACGUAACUUCAUCAGCACCAACCUGACCUUCUACAACUGCUCUGUGCUCAACUCGUGCACUUCCUGUGUGAGCAGCAUGUUUCCCUGUCAUUGGUGCAAAUAUCGUCACAUGUGCACCAACAACCUGGAGGACUGCUCCUUCCUGGAGGGACGGGUCAGCACUUCCCAGGGCUGUCCUCAGAUCGUGCCUACGUCAGACAUUCUGGUCCCGGCCGGUCUGGUUCGUCCGAUCACGCUGCGAGCCCGUAACCUUCCCCAGCCGCAGUCAGGGCAGAAGAACUACGAGUGUGUGUUCCACAUCCAGGGGAAGGUGCAACGCGUCCCAGCGGUCCGCUUCAACUCGUCCUGCAUCCAGUGUCAGAACACCUCGUAUUGGUACGAGGGCACGGAGGCGGCUGACCUUCCAGUGGACUUCAACAUUGUGUGGGACGGCGACUUCUUCAUCGAUAAGCCGGCGACCAUGAAAGCGUUGUUGUACAAGUGCGAGGCGCAGCGCUCCAGCUGUGGUCAGUGCCUUAAAGCCCCGCCCUCCUUCGAAUGCGGCUGGUGCGGCGACAACAGGAAGUGCGUGCUGCGUCAGCACUGCGUGGCGCCCGAGCACAGCUGGAUGCAUCACGGACGCCAUAACGUGCGCUGCAGCCACCCUCGCAUCACCAAGAUCGCUCCCCUGACCGGCCCCCGUGAGGGCGGGACUCUGGUGACCAUCGAGGGCGAGAACUUGGGCCUGCAGGUGAAGGAGAUCACGCACGUUCAGGUGGCAGGUGUGCGCUGUAACCCUGUCGCCUCACUCUACGUCAGCGCUGAGAGGGUGGUGUGCAACAUGGCGGAGGCGCUGCUGCCUCACUCCCCAGGCGGUUCGGUGGAGCUGUGCAUCGGCGUGUGUAGCGCAGAGUACCGGACAAUGUCCACGCAGACGUACGCCUUUGUGAGUCCCAGCUUCAGCAGCGUGGGUCCAGACAGAGGUCCAGUUUCUGGGGGGACCCGACUGACGGUGAAGGGUCGACACCUGGACGCCGGCAGCAGCGUCUCCGUCUUCAUCGACAAGGACGAGUGUCUCUUUGUCAAACGCACCAAUCGAGAGGUGGUCUGCAUUACUCCCGCCUCCCAUUCUGGAGUAGGACCCGCCCCCAUCCGUCUGAUGAUUGACAAGGCGAAUGUCACCAGCUCGGAAACGAAAUACACGUACACGGAGGACCCCACUAUCACCGCCAUCGAACCCAACUGGACCAUCCUCAAUGGCAGCACAGUGAUCACAGUUACAGGAACCAACCUGCUCACCAUCCAGGAGCCCAAAAUCCGAGCCAAAUAUGGUGGUGUGGAAACCAACAACUUUUGCAGCGUGGUCAACGACAGCGCCAUGACGUGUUUGUCUCCCGGGCUGGCAUUGGGCAAAGCACAGCCACCAGAGGGGGCGCUACGUGCUGACGAGUUUGGCUUCAUCUUGGAUCAGGUGUCGUCUCUGCUGGUGCUGAACUCCACCCCCUUCACGCACUACCCUAACCCCACCUUUGACCCCCUGGGGACGUCUGGGAUCCUGGAGGUGAAGCCGGGUUCGCCCAUCAUCCUCAAGGGAAGGAACCUGGUCCCGCCCGUGCCCGGCAACAACCGCCUCAACUACACCGUCCUGAUUGGAGAGUCUCCCUGCUUGUUGACCGUUUCCGAACAUCAGCUGCUCUGCGAUUCGCCGGAACUGACGGGGGAGCAGCGUGUGGUGAUCCUGGUGGGAGGUCUGGAAUUCUCCCCAGGAACGCUGCACAUUUAUUCGGACAGCGCUCUCACGCUGCCCGCCAUCAUCGGCAUCGGAGCGGGCGGCGGCGUGCUGCUGGUGGCCAUCAUCGCCGUGCUGAUCGCCUAUAAGAGGAAGACCCGCGACGCCGACCGCACGCUGAAGCGCCUCCAGCUGCAGAUGGACAACCUGGAGAGCCGCGUGGCGCUGGAGUGCAAAGAGGCCUUUGCAGAGCUGCAAACUGACAUUCAAGAGCUGACCAACGACAUGGACGGAGUCAAGAUUCCCUUCUUGGAAUAUCGCACGUACACCAUGAGAGUCAUGUUCCCUGGAAUAGAAGAACAUCCUGUCCUCAAGGAGCUGGAUUCUCCAGCCAACGUGGAGAAAGCGCUACGGCUCUUCAGUCAGCUGCUCAACAACAAAAUGUUCCUGCUCACCUUCAUCCACACGCUGGAGGCCCAGCGCUCCUUCUCCAUGCGUGACCGCGGCAACGUGGCCUCGCUGCUGAUGGCGGCGCUGCAGGGCCGCAUGGAGUACGCCACGGUGGUGCUCAAGCAGCUGCUGGCCGACCUGAUCGAGAAGAACCUGGAGAACCGGAACCAUCCCAAACUGCUGCUGAGGAGGACAGAGUCCGUGGCCGAGAAGAUGCUGACCAACUGGUUCACCUUCCUCCUGUACCGAUUCCUCAAGGAGUGUGCGGGCGAGCCUCUGUUCAUGUUGUACUGCGCCAUCAAGCAGCAGAUGGAGAAAGGUCCCAUCGACGCCAUCACGGGCGAAGCUCGCUACUCUCUGAGCGAGGACAAACUCAUCAGGCAGCAGAUCGACUACAAGCAGCUGACGUUGAUGUGCAUCCCUCCUGAGGGCGAGGCGGGCACAGAGGUGCCAGUCAAGGCGCUGAACUGUGACACAGUGACACAGGUCAAGGACAAGCUGUUGGACGCCGUCUACAAAGGCAUUCCCUUCUCGCAGAGACCGCAGGCCGACGACAUGGACCUUGAGUGGCGUCAAGGCCGACUGACUCGGAUCAUCCUGCAGGACGAGGACGUGACCACCAAGAUCGAGAGCGACUGGAAGAGGCUCAACACUCUGGCUCACUAUCAGGUAACAGACGGCUCCCUGGUGGCGCUGGUCCAGAAGCAGGUUUCUGCUUACAACAUCGCCAACAGCUUCACGUUCACCAGAUCACUCAGCAGAUACGAGUCGCUACUACGCACGUCCAGUAGUCCUGACAGUCUGAGGUCCAGAGCGCCCAUGAUCACUCCAGACCAGGAAACAGGAACCAAACUGUGGCACCUGGUCAAGAACCAUGAGCACAGCGACCAGCGAGAAGGAGACAGAGGCAGCAAGAUGGUGUCUGAGAUCUACCUGACACGCCUGCUGGCCACCAAGGGGACGCUGCAGAAGUUCGUGGACGACCUCUUCGAGACCGUCUUCAGCACAGCCCACCGCGGCUCCGCUCUCCCCUUGGCCAUAAAGUACAUGUUUGACUUCCUGGAUGAGCAGGCCGACAAACGGCAGAUCAGCGACCCGGACGUAAGGCACACCUGGAAGAGCAACUGCCUUCCUCUCAGGUUCUGGGUCAACGUCAUCAAGAACCCGCAGUUUGUGUUCGACAUCCACAAGAGUAGCAUCACAGACGCCUGCCUGUCGGUCGUCGCUCAGACCUUCAUGGACUCCUGCUCCACGUCUGAACACCGACUUGGGAAAGACUCGCCGUCCAACAAGUUGCUCUACGCUAAAGACAUCCCCAACUACAAGAGCUGGGUGGAGAGGUACUACAGAGACAUCGCCAAAAUGCCAAGCAUCAGCGACCAAGACAUGGACGCCUACCUGGUGGAGCAGUCGCGUCUGCACGGCACCGAGUUCAACACGCUGAGCGCGCUCAGCGAGCUUUACUUCUACAUCAACAAGUACAAAGAGGAGGUGGUGACUGCCCUGGAUCGCGACGCCUACUGUCGCAAACACAAACUGCGGCACAAACUGGAACAAGCCAUCAACUUGAUGUCAGGAAGCUGAGGAGACCUGCCCUUUCGGGGGGCGGGGCCUUUAUUUUAUUUUUAUUUUUUUACUAGAACCGCACCAAUCAAUCAGUCGACGUGUUAUUUAUUCGCCAAUCCAUCACGGAGCCACUCGGGCGCUGGGCUGGCACCCAAUCGCCUGGUCUUGGGCCGGGUGGAGGCGGGGCAUCAGCCAACAUGUAAAUAAGCACCAAGCAGGAAGUGAAUAAUGGACACCUGCUGAUUGUGUCUAUAACCCCGCCCCUUUUACUUAGCUCCGCCCCCCCCCCCCCCCCCCUGAUUGGCUAGAAGGACUUGUACGCCUUUAACUGCCCACCCCGCCACGCCAACCCUUCCUGAACAUUCCACCACCAUGAUGUGAAUACUGUGCCCAGCGACCAGUGCCAUGGACAGACCGGGACCAGCAGAACCGGACCGGACUUGGACCAAAGCCCAGAUCGAAGAAAAAAAAGAAAAAAACGUUUACACGAGUGGAGGAAGCUUCUGAUUGGUUCUUGGACAGGAAGGAAGGAAAGCCACUACUGGACCAACACCACUGUGUGUGUGUGUGUAUGUGUGUGUGUGUGUGUGUGUGUGUGUGUGUGUGUGUGUGUGUGUGUGUGUGUGUGUGUGUGUGUGUGUGUGUGUGUGUGUGUGUGUGUGUGUGUGUGUGUGUGUAGCUGGGAGGAAGAAGCAGACUGAAGAUACUAGUUUGUGUGUGUGUGUGUGUUUGUGUGUGUGUCAGGUGUAAUUAGUGAAAUGAUAAAACACACACACAUCUAACACGUAUUUAUUGAGAAUUUUGCUUUAACUUAAAUGAUUGUCUGGGCUUUAUUUAUUGUGGGUGCCAACCAGCCAGUGUUUGAUCUUUGACACUUGAUCCACUUCCCGUGGGAAGGGCGGAGCCGACGACGGGAUUGGACAUGAGCCACGAAGUGGGCGGGCUAGGCCGCGUUCAAGCCCCUCCCCCCCUGCAGGCUUGUUGUGACUGUGUCAUAGCAGCAGCCAAUCGGUCGAACGGAGUAUGUUGCGGCUCCGCCUCCUUUGGCGAGAAGACAUUGAGCGGCGGGACUUGGCCGACGGAGGUCGCCGCCGUUUGUCCACGACGUCGGCAGAAAACGACGAAAACAUGUUUGACUUUGAAGUGUAACCAUGACGACUGUGUCCACGUAUUAGCCUGUGUCCUAUUUUUUUUUUUUUACAUCGCCUUUGUUUGUACGCUGUUACAUCAUCACUAAAGUGUUUAAUAACCAUG